UGGAAUGAUCAAAGGCGCUGAGGCGUAAAACAGUGUUGAGAAUGGUUAAGAACUGUGCAAAGUUUAGUGCUCUUAGCCCAUAAUGUUCAAAAUCAAAGGCACUGAGGCGUAAAACAGUGUUGAGAAUGGUUAAGAACUGUGCGAAAUUUAGUGUUCUUAGCCCAUAAUGUUCAAAAUCAAGCAUUUGAGGAGAUGCCACAGGAGAGAAUGCAGGAUCAGCUCAAUCAGACUGAGAGGGGUAUGGCUUAUGAUGUUUACAUCUCCCCAUGAGGUUAUGCCUUUGGGGAUGUAGCUCUAUAUGGACAAUUUAUAACAACCCAAUUCUUCACAUUGCUUCUAACAUUAGGCUUGUUAGCAUUUGGCAUGGAAUACAUCUUUCCCAUUUGCUGCUUUCAUGAGAAAAUGAUGAAGACAUUAGUAAUGCACUUGCAAGUGAAGCAGCAGCACAACUCUUUGUUUUGGAUUAUUUCUAGCAGAGAGGCUCCAACAAUUUUGCAGACGGACUCCCGGGCCUCUGGAACCUGUACUACGUCCUUCACAUUCAGGAGCAGAGAGCCUUUGCGAAACAGAUUCCUAAUAGUGGAGGUGGGCCAGCCAUGAGAGGGUACCUUGUGGCCAUAUUCCUGAGUGCUGUCUUUCUCUAUUAUGUGCUGCAUUGUAUAUUAUGGGGAACAAACGCCUAUUGGGUGCCACCUGUGGAAAUGAAGCGGAGAAAUAAGAUCCAGCCUUGUUUAUCGAAGCCAGCUUUUGCCUCUCUCCUGAGGUUUCAUCAGUUUCACCCUUUUCUGUGUGCAGCUGAUUUUAAAAAGAUUGCUUCCUUGUAUGGUGGUGAUAAGUUUGAUUUGCCCUAUGGGAUAAGAACAUCAGCGGAAUAUUUUCGACUUGCUCUUUCAAAACUGCAGAGUUGUGAUCUCUUUGAUGAAUCUGACAACAGUGUGCCAUGUAAAAAGUGCGUGGUGGUUGGUAAUGGAGGAGUUUUGAAGAAUAAGACAUUAGGAGAAAAAAUUGACUCCUAUGAUGUAAUAAUAAGAAUGAAUAAUGGUCCUGUUUUAGGACAUGAAGAGGAAGUUGGGAGAAGGACAACCUUCCGACUUUUUUAUCCAGAAUCUGUUUUUUCAGAUCCCAAUCACAAUGAUCCUAAUACUACGGCGAUUCUCACUGCUUUUAAGCCACUUGAUUUAAAGUGGCUGUGGGAAUUGUUGACAGGUGGCAAAAUAAACACUAAUGGUUUUUGGAAGAAACCAGCCUUGAACUUAAUCUACAGACCUUAUCAAAUCAGAAUAUUAGAUCCUUUCAUUAUCAGAAUGGCAGCUUAUGAACUGCUUCACUUCCCAAAAGUGUUUCCCAAAAAUCAGAAACCCAAGCACCCAACAACAGGAAUUAUUGCCAUCACAUUGGCUUUUCACAUAUGUCAUGAAGUUCACCUUGCUGGAUUUAAAUAUAACUUUUCUGACCUCAAGAGUCCUUUGCACUAUUACGGGAAUGCCACCAUGUCUUUGAUGAGUAAGAAUGCAUAUCACAAUGUGACAGCGGAGCAGCUCUUUUUGAAGGACAUUAUAGAAAAAAACUUCGUAAUCAACUUGACUGAAGAUUGACCCUACAGACUCAGAAGACGAUGCUAACAGUAUUAGUUUUAUUUUUAUACUGCAAUUUUUAGUUUAUUUUUAAAUAUGUUGGAUGCACUUGUCAAGAAAUUGUGUACAUAAAAGUCUGUUGUCGCCUGGUGAGUCAUAACCACCAGCUUAAUUUCUGUGAAUAUAUUUAAUUUAUAAAAACCAGGAUAUGUUUAGUUAUCAGGGAAAUAAGUUUUGAAUGCAUUGUUUUUAAAACAACCUAGUUUUCUGAAGUGUUUUUAAACAUCUUUUUAUAGUUACUUCAUGUUAGACUUUUGAAGGGAUGUGACUUCUUAGUAGGGGAUUUAGUUUACCACAACAAAUUUUGAACACAUUUUGAGAGGUGUACUCGUCUACUGUAAAUUGGUGGGGAAUGGAGAUGUGGUUGCGCCUUGAUAUGGCAAAAUGGAACCAUUUUAGGCAUGUAUCUAAAUGGUUGAUUAGUUCCUUUUUGUUGUCCCCGAGGAGACCGAUUUUAAUCUUAAAAGCAGCCCUGAACACAACAGUGGGUUAUGGUCAAGGAAAUCUAAGACCAUACUGGUUUCAUUAAGCUUUUAACUAAACCAGGAUUAUUAAUGAGUAAUUUCAUAGAAGGAAGGUGGUGUUUUUGUUUUUAAGGUGAAGGAAAUAGGCUGAACAUGAAAUUCUGGAUAAGUAAACAGCCUAAGAAUACAA